AUGGAUUUGGAGCCAAAGAAAUUCGCUAAACUAUUAGAGAAAAUUGAAGCUGAAGCUGUUCACUGUCUACUAGCUCGAACUCAGAUUGUGGAGAAUGACAAGGAGAGAAAUGCAAAUCGAGAGGCUUUAACAUCGCUAAGGAAGAGAGCUCAAACAACAAAGACUAGUCUUGUUCCUUCUCCUUUCGAUUCAAUGAUGAAUACCAUCCAAACGAAACAUUUGGUCGAACAAGUUUGCUCGACGUGUGGAUCUCAUGACUCUAGUGAACCCACUUGGAUGAUUCUCCCAGGAGUUGAUCUUUUCGCUGCGGUACCGUUUCAUGUGGUUCAUACAAUUCUAGAGAAAGAUGAGAAGGUAAUGGAGUUUGAGUCGAAGAAGUUGCAGAGUUUGGUGAAGGAGAAGGCUCUUUUGUUAUCGGAGCUUGGGGUUCUUGCUGAUAGUGUUCCUCAGGGAGUGAUCAGAUCUUUGGUGGCGUUAAAGGACAACAAACCUUUAGAUUAA